GAAGAACAAGAGGUCCUCCAACACAUCAUGGAGGGUCUUGAGAAGCAGUGUUCAAAAGUUCUAGUUUUGUUGAGCUCUGACCCAAGAAAAGAAGCAGAGCAUGCCUCUGAAGAAAGUGAAGACGAAGGGCAAGAGCAGGAACCCCUGAAGCCAAUAAAAAAAUUAAAAGACAUGUUGAUUACUGGAACGACGAUGCCAGAGGAGCACGACAAGAGGUUUUUCGAAGGAAUGGUGAAUACCCACGAAUGGAAACUCAGUAAUUCACAUGGUUUAAUGGAUGUCGAACUGACAGCCAAAAGCUCCCAAAAAUUGAAGGACGCAGCCACAAUACUGCAAAACAUUUAUCUAAUAGGCCUACUUUCAAGCUCUGCCGCGAAAGAAGCAUUGCAAAACCUACCAUUGAUUGCUGGGCUUCAAGUGGUUACGAUCACUGCGAAAUGCGAAUCAUUUGCCUGGAAUCGAAUGGAUGUCCUCGCGCUCACAAAUGCCAUCAAAAGUACAGUUGGGAAGGUGCUCGCUCUAUCCCUCUCGGCUGCACUGUGGGAGCCCACAAAUAAGGACAAAAAAGAGAUAGAGCUAAAGAACUGUAGCGACUGGAUGGACAACACAGAGUAUAUGAUGAGCUGCACGCUAAGCCGUCCUUUGGAGGAAUGCAGAGGGCCCAUCUCGGUUUUUGUUGAUAAUCAGACCAUCAAUGAAGUGUACAGACCUAGGACAACAAUACCGUGCCCUUCCCUGCGAUUGGCCUGA